CCGCGCGCAUAGGCUCGUCGCGACAGCGGCCAUCGUCCCAAAUGUGCGACUUGACUCGUUCCGUGGUGUUACCGUACGUGCGCUUGUGGAAAAUACCUUGUUUCUGGGCUCUUCUUACUCCACCUGGUGCUCGUCUGCUGCUGUACACGAAAAAAGAAAAAAAAAAAAAAAAAAAAAAAAACAACGAUUAAUAGAAUGUAAACGGCGUUCACACAGUUGGGAAAGUUGAACUCAAGGUGAAUGAAUUCAGUUGUGCUGACGAGCAAAAAACGGCGGGAACUGUUACAGUCUGUGGCAGCAGUCAUCUUGGCACAUGAAUAAAGUUGGCACUUGUCAUUUCUGAACAGCAGCUUAUGAUCUCGAAGAGUACUGUUCACAGGCAAGGAUGCCCCAGGGUGAGAUGAGGAAACCCCUGCUUGGGGGUGCCGCUGAGCCCGAUGUUCCCGCGUGUGACCUUAAGAGCCCCGCCGUGGGCAUUCUGGGCACGGGGGACUUCUCGCGGUCGCUGGCGCACCGCCUGCUGGCCUGCGGCCUCCGUGUGAUCGUGGGCAGCCGCAGCCCGGAUCGCAACGCCGACCGCUUCCCUGCCGGGGUGGAGGUGAGCACGCAGCGUGACGCCGCCGCUCAGGCCCAUGUGCUCUUCGUGGCACUAUUCCCGGACCACUACUCGAGCCUGGCGGCCCUGAAGGGAGAGCUCGCGGGCAAGGUGCUCGUGGAUGUGAGCAAUGGCACGACGCUGAACCGUAGCCGGCCUUCCAACGCGGAGGAGCUGGCUGCGCUCUUCCCGGAGAGCUCCGUAGUGAAAGGUUUCAACGUGCUGUCUGCCUGGGCUCUGCUCAACGGGCCACGCGAUGGGAGCAGACAGGUCUUGAUCUGCAGUGAUGACUUCCAGGCCAAGAACAGAGUGGCGCUCCUGGCCCGGAGCAUGGGUUUUGUGCCUGUGGACAUGGGUUGUUUGUCCUCUGCUCGCGAUAUUGAGAACGCCCCGCUGUACCUCUUCCCUUCAUGGGGCAGCCCCUUCCUCUGUGCCGUCUGCCUCUUCUUUUCCUUUUACAUCUACAACUUCUUCCGGGGUGUUCUGCUGCCCUAUGUCAUCAAGGGCCACAAUGUCUUCUACAAGCUGCCAGUGGAGAUGGUGAACGAGACUCUGCCUUUGGUCUCCCUGGUGAUGCUGGCGCUAGUCUACUUGCCUGGCCUCCUGGCCGCUGGUCUGCAGCUGCUUCGGGGCACAAAGUACCAGACAUUUCCCAUGUGGCUCGACCGUUGGCUAUGUAUGCGCAAGCAGCUGGGCCUCCUCAGCUUCUUCUGUGCAGCCAUGCAUGCCUUGUACAGCCUGUGUUUGCCUAUGCGCAGCUCUGCACGCUACAAGCUGCUCAACGCUGCCUUCAAACAGGUGAAGCUGGGGCAGGAGAGCUCAUGGAUGGAGCAGGAUGUGUGGAGGAUGGAGCUGUACCUGUCCUUUGGCAUUGUGGCUCUGGGGGUGCUUUCUUUGCUCGCUGUCACUUCCCUGCCUUCUGUGGGAAACUCUCUCAACUGGAGGGAAUUCAGUUUUGUACAGUCCGGACUGGGAUAUGCUGCCCUUUCCAUCAGCACUCUGCACACGUUGACGUUCGGCUGGAACCGAGCCUUCGACCCCGGCCAGUAUGAGUUUUACCUCCCACCAACUUUUGUACUGGCUGUGCUUUUGCCCUGCAUUGUGCUGCUGGGUCGCCUCGCCCUGGCGCUGCCCUGCCUAUCGCUUCGGCUGGCCAGGAUUCGAAGGGGCUGGGAGACGCGGCUCCACCAGGUCCACUUCCGCUUACCCGAUGAGGACAUGAGCACAGUAUGAAAAACAAAAACAAGUGGAACCAGUGCACACAUCAGUUUUUGACUCUACAUCUGUAGGGAUGAGCACCUUGGAAAGCUUUUGCAGCAAGUUCCAGGCAGUCUUCUGUGUUUCAGUUCAAAAGAGUACUCCUUUUCUUCUUGUGAGUCUAGCCACUACAGGAUGCGCUUCUCUUCCCAGGUGUGUUCACACUUGCUCUACACUAGAACCCAGGGCUUUUUAACCCUGCUCCUGAGAGCCCUCUCUGUAUGCUAUGCUCACUUACAUCUCGGUGUUUAAUUUGCUGUUAACUUGAGUGAAGAAGUGGCACAACUGAAUUGGUCUUGUCUUUAUUUAUAUAAACUGUUGGUGCACCAGUAGUGUUUGUCCUGCAGCAGAAUAAAAUGUUAAUACUAAACUUUUAUUAAUCACUUACUAGGUAAAAAUUAUGCACUUAAUUUUUUUAAUGCCUGUUGAAAGUGAUCUUUUUUUCAGAAACUGCCAAUCUUUUUGAUGUUAGAUACACUAGCUCCUCAACUUACAGUUGGAACUGAAAGUCUGUAACUAGAUGUUCUUUAAUCCAGUCUUUUUUACACACCAAGUCACAACAAAUAAAAUCUUGAUUUGUUUGCUUGUUA